AUGCCGGCCGGGCCCGCUUUCCCGGUUCUGCCGUGGGCCGCCGUCGGGGCAGAGGUCGAGGGGGAGAUUCCGGAGGGCCGGGGGGGCGUGCUGCUGCAGGCGGGUGCCCUGGUCGGAGCGGUCCUGCUCAUCUGCGUGGCGGCGUUGCGCAGGUGGAUCGGCGGCGGCGUCUGCGUCUGCGGCGACCGGCUGGACGGGAAGACGGUGCUGGUGACGGGCGCCAACACGGGCAUCGGCAAGGAGACGUGCAGGGAGCUGGCGCGGCGAGGCGCCCGCGUGGUGAUGGCGUGUCGAGACCUGUCUCGGGCCGAACGGGCGGCGGAGGACGUCCGCCGGUCCAGCGGGAACGGGAACGUGGUCAUCCGGCACUUGGACCUGGCGUCGCUCUACUCGGUCCGGCAGUUCGCCAAAGACUUCCUGGACAGCGAGGACCGACUGGACGUCCUCAUCAACAACGCCGGUGUCAUGAUGUGUCCCAGAUGGCUAACGGAGGACGGCUUCGAGACGCAGUUUGCCGUCAAUCAUCUGUCUCACUUCCUUUUGACCAAUCUGCUCCUCCCUAUGCUGAAGAGCUCCGCCCCCAGCCGCGUGGUCACCGUGUCGUCCAUCGCCCACCGGGGAGGUCACAUCGACUUUUCCGAUCUGUUCUUCAGCUCUCGUCCGUACAGUCCGCUGCGGAGUUACCAGCAGAGCAAGCUUGCUAACGUGCUAUUUAGCAGAGAGCUGGCGCGCCGCCUUCGAGGUUCGGGAGUGACUUCGUUCUGCGUGCACCCCGGCGUCAUCCGGACUGAGCUGGGCCGCCACGUGGAGGGUUGGUUCCCCCUGCUGGGGGCGCUACUGAGGCUGCCGGCGAUGCUGCUCAUGAAGACGCCGCGCCAGGGCAGCCAGACUAGCCUGUACUGCGCCGUCACGCCGGGACUGGAGGACCGAUCGGGGAGCUACUUCAGCGACUGCGCCGUGAAGGAGGCGGCGCCGGAAGGGCGGGACGACCGGGUGGCCGACAGGCUGUGGCGAGAGAGCGCGCGAUUGGUCGGAAUCCCAGACGCGUGCUGAGCUGACCCGCGGUGGAUUCGUUUGAGCCCCCAAAUAAGCUCGUGACAUCAGAACCAAGUUCAAAUGUACCGCAGUACGAUAGGAAAAGCAGAUGGGAAAGUUAAAAAAAAAAAAGCCCAAAGUCAAUUUUUUUUUUUUUUUUUUUUUUUUUUUUGGGGGGAAGUCCCGAUCAACAAUCAACAAACAAUAUGACAAUUUUUCGAGCUUUGCCAGGGAUACGUUUGCAAUUUUUGUCCCGGUUGUGACAACGCGCUUCAGCGGCUCAUUUACAUAAUUCCAUCCCCCACAAGCGAAGCGCUGCCCCCGCCGAGGAAAAUUUAAUCUGUGCUGGAUGACCACCCCGAGUUGUGCCUGGAGUUGUCGUGGUGACAAAAGCCGUAAUCGCCGUUGGCCCGGCGGAGCGGGAGGCGGCAAACAAAAAGAGCGACUUGCGCCCGUUUCCGGUGAAAACAUCAGAAAUGAAGAGAACGUCUGAGGGGUUAGACAAUGAGUGUCUAUGUGUGAAGGUCACCACAAGCCAUCCAUUUUCUGAGCCGCUUAUCCUCAAGAGCCGGGGUGCUCAAAAAAAAAAAAAGACGUCAGCCAAUGUUCCCUCUAAACUGAGCGCGUGGGCAAUUGUGCACCGCUGAUGUCGUCUCUUCGUAGAUAUUCUGCGUUGCCCGUGCAAAGAAAAUGAAAAAUAAAAAAUAGAUAAGAAGUAUAAACUCGAGCUAUUCAGUUUGUGGCAUUUUACAACGUGAUUGAACGAGAG